GGGGCCUGCUGUGUUUUCAACGGAGGGAGAGCUAAGAAGAAAAAUGGCGUCUGCAGGCGACCCAGAGCGGGACACCGGCCAUACAGUUUGAGCUUUCCGCGCUGAAAUUGAGACCGGGGCUUGGUGGAGACUUAUCGGAAACCGUCACCAGAUCUUUUGGUUUAUUUCUCCCCCGCUUUUCUCCGGUGUGCGUGGCUUAUUCGAGCAUCGAGAUUGAAGCGGAACAGAAGAUACUCUCUCCCACAAUGAGGGGGAGAAGAGGAAGGCCGCCCAAACAAGCAGCCGUAAUGCGGGAAGGUUCACCCGGGCCAGUCCGCGGCUCUCGAGGCAGCAGGAGUAGAGGGAUGCGUGGACGGGGACGAGGCAGAGGACGCGGUCGAGGACGGGGUGGAAGUGGCGGCGUUUGCGGCACUGGCUCUGCGGAGGUGGAUACAGAAAUCUCCGGCCGAGAGAACUUUCAUUCGUCCCGGGGCCGCAGGAAAGUUGGAGCCUCCACCACGGCGGCGGCCGCGGCAUUGCGGGGCAGAGGAGGCAGAGGGAGAGGCAGGGGGUCGAGAGGCAGCCGCGGCAGUAGAGGCGGAGUGAGGCGGCCUCAAACCAAGGUGGUCUACGACGACAACAGCGAUGAGGAGGAUGAUAAUUUAAGCUAUAGGUCAGACGAAGAUGAACUCCUGAACGACAACCCUUCGGAUCUUGAAGAAGAGGAGGCCUUGGGAAACGACUCUGACUAUCUGGAGGAACUACCAGAUGAUGAUGAUGCCAGCUACUGUACCGAGAGUAGUUUUAGGAGCCACAGCACGCUCGGUAGCACUCCAGGCCGGAGAAAGAGUCGGGCGUUGCGACCGCAGUCUCCCAUCCUUGAGGCAAAGGACAUUCCCUCCCUGGAGCUUCCCAAGUCCUCUGAGGACCUCCAGGUUCCUACCUCACAGCUCCUUAAUGUGUCUGCCGUCUACGAAGUCCUACGUAACUUUGGCUCGGUGCUGCGGCUCUCCCCGUUCCGCUUUGAGGAUUUCUGUGCAGCGCUGGUCAGCCAGGAGCAGUGCACACUGCUGGCAGAGACCCACAUCUCCCUGCUCAAAGCUAUUCUCAGAGAGGAGGAUACUUCCAACACCACAUUUGGUCCCACUGAUGUGAAGGACUCUGUCAACUCCACUCUGUAUUUUGUGGAUGGUAUGACCUGGCCGGAGGUGGUGCGGGCAUACUGUGAGAGUGACCCAGAGUACCGACACAUUCUGCCUUUCCAGGAAUGUGAGGAUUACCCGUUUGAACCGUUGGAUAGCAAAAUCAAAGUUCUCCAGUUUUUGGUGGACCAGUUCCUGGCGACCAACAUUGCCCGUGAGGAGCUAAUGUCGGAAGGUGUGGUUGCUUAUGACGACCAUUGCAGAGUAUGCCAUCGCCUUGGUGACCUGCUGUGCUGUGAGACAUGUUCAGCCGUUUACCAUCUGGAGUGUGUGAAGCCGCCUUUGCAGGAAGUGCCGGAGGACGAGUGGCAGUGUGAGGUGUGUGUGGCACACAAGGUACCCGGUGUGGCAGACUGCAUCCCAGAAGUGCAGAGGAGCAGACCAUUUAUUCGAGAGCUGCCAGUCGGCUAUGACCGACACAAUCGCAAAUACUGGUUCCUCAACCGCCGCAUUGUUGUUGAGGAGGAUGGCGAGCAGGAGGACAAAGCCAUCUGGUACUACAGCACCAAGGUCCAGCUAGCUGAGCUCAUAGAUUGUUUGGAUAAGCAGUACUGGGAGGCUGACUUGUAUGCAGCGCUUGAGGAGAUAAGGGACGAGGUGCACGGGCAUAUGGACAUCACUGAGGACCUAACUAACAAGGCCCGUGGCAGCAACAAGUGUUUCCUCACUGCUGCCAAUGAGGAGAUCCUGGAGCGGUUGCGGGCAAAGAAGGAGGAGGAGCUGGAGGAGGUGAAGAGACGGGCUGCUGAGGAGGCCCAGAAGGCGCGGCUGGAGAUGGAGAAGAAGGAGAUGGAUGUGGAAAAGAAAGAUGAAGAGGCCAAGGUGAGGGACGAGGGGCAACAGGAGGGCAAAGAUCUGACCGAAGAGGAGGAGACAAAAGAAGAGGCCACGGAAGAGAAAAAAAGUGGUGGAGUUGUUGAAGCUCCACCCACUGGCCAAGAAGGCAGUAGUGGCAGUAGCAUCUCAGACGGACCUAUACUCCCAGCAACCUGUGCCUCAACACAAACCAUCCCCACCAACGUGACCUAUAGCCUGGCCUCUGAGGCUCCAAAGCCCCCAGCCUCUACACCAGAGGCUCUGAUAGAGGGAUGUUCCCAUAUGGAGGUCUCUAACAUCACCGAAGCAGAAAAGCCAUCAUCAGAUUCUGUCCGUGUCAGCGGAGAUGGCAUCCCCAGCCUGAGCCAGCCCUCCCAGACCAGUGAGGAGAACAGUAACAGCAGCAUGGGAGCUGGGGUCCCUCCCAGAGGUCCCGAACCUCCAGACCUGGCUGACAAGUCCUCCCAGUCAUCCCUGGCCAGCCUUGAUGACACAGGGGACGGUAAAGACUCAGCCAAUGGUGAGACGGGUCCCGGCAGUAAGAAGUCUGCAGCCACUCGCAUGGUGACCCGGCUUAGGAACCCAGAAAGCAAGCUUAGCCAGAUGAAAAAUCAACAGGUGGCCGCUGCUGUUCACGAAGCCAACAAGGGCUUCAAGGAGGGCAAAGAGGUACUAGUAGUAAAUGCACAAGGUGACGUCACCCGUGUCAGCACGCGAGGCAAGGAGGUGGUGAUGAAGGGGACACUCAGCCAAUACUUCAAGCUUGGCCAGGAGGGAAAAUACCGCGUCUAUCAUAAUCAGUACAGUUCCAAUACUGUGGCCCUCAACAAGCACCAGCACAGAGAGGACCACGACAAGAGGCGGCAUCUCUCCCAUAAGUUCUGCAUGACACCAGCAGGAGAGUUUAAGUGGAAUGGGUCCAUUCAUGGCUCAAAGAUUCUGACCAUCUCCACACUGAGAAUCACCAUCAUCCAGCUGGAGAACAACGUUCCAGCACCGUUCAUGCACCCUAACUGGGCCUCACACAGGACCAAUUGGAUCAAAGCAGUUCAGAUGUGCAGUAAGGCCAGAGAGUUUGCGCUGGCUCUGGCCAUCCUGGAGUGUGCCAUCAAGCCUGUGGCUAUGCUGCCUGUCUGGAAGGACUCACUGGGCCAUACCAGGUUAAACCGCAUGACCUCCAUAGAGCGUGAGGAGAAGGAGAAAGUGAAGAAGAGGGAGAAGAAGCUGGAGGAUGAGGAGACAAUGCAACAGGCCACCUGGGUCAAAUACACCUUUCCAAUUAAACACCAGGUGUGGAAGCAGAAAGGAGAGGAGUAUCGCGUUACGGGCUAUGGGGGCUGGAGUUGGAUCAGUAAGACUUAUGUGCAGCGGUUUGUCCCCAGGCUUCCCGGCAACACCAACGCCAACUACCGCAAAGAACUUGAAGAUGCUAAACUUGGAAAGAAAUGUACCCUGUUGGACUUGAGUCGACGUCCCAGUGUAUCUGCACCAGAAGCUCAGGGAGCUGCUGUCUUACACAGUGAGGCAAAAGAUCAGGACUCCUCUGGCCUCUCCAAGCUUGCAACAGAUCAUCCGAUGUCUGUUGAAGAUUUGGAGUCUAAUGAGCGGAUGGAAGAGGAAAAGAAAGAAGGGUUGGAUGAAAAUGAAAAGUCAGAGGAAUUGUCAGCAGAUGAAUCACCUGCAAAGAUGGAGGUGGACCCCACAUACUCAAGAUCAGAUGAAGAGCAAAGGUCCAGUAUUCAGGAGGAAAAGGUCUCCAUUAAGGAGGAGCCGAAAGAGGGCCCAACACGACCUUUUAACUACGAUGUAGUGGAUGUCAGCAAGGGCUUCCUUACCCGCAUCGCCUACAAGAAGAAGGUCAGGUCCUCCAAGCUGGACAGCCUCCUAGAGCGGCGAGUGAAGCAGCACGUUAUUGAAGAGCGGCAGAGGCAGCAGGUGUCUGCCUCCAACCCGCAGACUCCUACACCAGUUUCAUCCACUUCAAACCCCGCUCUGAGCACUCCAGUCCGGCCGCGAUCACCACUUAAGCCCCAUACUCUCGCCCAGACACAGCUUGCACUGGGCAAAGCUUCCACAACACAAACUUCAGGGCCAGGAAAAGUUGGAGGACGAGAGGUUGAAAGCGAGAGUCUGGUUGAACUCUCUAAAACGACAGAUGAGCUUGUCACUCCUCCUCUUCCUUCUCCUGUUCCGGACUCAACACCCAAAGACAGUUGCAGUACAGGUACACAAAACCAAACCAGUUCCAUACCUCAGGUAUUGGAGGCAAACUUAGUAGAAAGGACUAUGGGGCCAAAAGAAAUUAAAACGGACAGUUCAGUGCAGGAGGGCGUCACACUGCCUGAUGUACAUGAAACAACAGCAGGAGGAAUUCAUAGCUCUUUAGAGCGACAAACAGCCAGUGUACCAUCAGAUGUUACUAAGGCUGUGCAUAUUGAAAAUACAGGGUCUGAGGUACCCAACUUAAAAUUGGACUCUCUGAGGACAUCUACAAGUGUUCUUGACCAAAUAAGCAGUCAAAACAUAUCUCCUUCUAAAGGUAUUCAGCAAAACCCAGACACUUUAAGCUCAGCGCAUUCGGGUAUAGAGGAAAAUGGCAUGGGGCCAGAGGAGAACCAAGAAAAUAUACAAGGCAUUGGACUAGGUAAAACCGAAGGCAAUAGCACUCCCGGGCCAGUUUCUCCUCUCCCUCAGGUAAAUGGUAAUGAUGGCUUGGGGAGCGAAAGCAUGUUGAGUAAUUCUGUAAUGAGCUCAAAUAAUGUUGUGCUCAGCAACAGUCCACAGCCCAUGGUGAACAGCAUUGGUAAAGUUGAAGAACAAGGGCUGGUUGUCUCGUUGAAGGACAGCACACAGCAACAGCCUUUAGUAAACGGAGAUUUGGCUUCUGUAAAUGAUUGUACAGAGGUUCGGGGCGAGGAACCAAGCUUAGCUUCUAAGGUAGAGUGCAAAACGGUGAUAAUAGACCAGCACUACGAACCGCCGCUGAAGAAGACGAAGCUAGAGAACAACAUAAAUGCACUUGGAGCCAAUACUCAGAGCACUCUACAACACAGCAGCACAUCUGUGGAGACCAAACCCAGUCCUGUGGUCAAGAUCAUCAGAAUGGCACCGUCUCCCAUACCUUCAGCAGAAGAGUCCAGUCUAAGUGAUGACUUUGCAGAGGAGAAUAGUAACAGUGGGACGACAGAACCACUCAAGACCAUCAUCACACAGGUAACCACAACCUCCACAACCACCACAACGGUAGUUUCCACGGAGAUGAGGAUAGCAAAAGUGCCAUUGAAGGCAUCUGUAGUGGUAAUGAAGCCCGAUGUGUCAACAAAAGAAAACAGUGCAGUGUCCACCCUUACUACCAUGACCAAAACAACUGUGACCAAGAUCUGUUCCCCCGGACUCGAUGGUCAGUCAGAGGCCAGCCAGAGUGAAAUAGUGACACAAGAACAGAGGACGGCGCUCUCAGCCUCUAUCAGUAAGUCAACAACUGACACCAGUGGUAAAACCUCAGUGUCAUCUGUUGCUGUGAGCCUGGAGGACUCGUCAUCAACAAAGGGCCGUGUACGUCUUCUCAAGUUCUCCCGCACCAAGAAGACACGCUCAGACACCGCCCUUCCUUCUUACCGCAAGUUUGUCACCAAGAGCAGCCGCAAGAGUAUUUUUGUACUGCCACAUGACGACUUGAAGGUGCUGGCGAGGCGAGGCGGAUUCCGUGAGGUGUCCAUAUUUAGUUACAAUGCCAAACCAGCGCUGGACAUCUGGCCAUAUCCUUCACCCAGGCCCACGUUUGGCAUCACCUGGAGGUAUCGCCUGCAGACGGUGAAGUCUUUGGCUGGUGUGAGCCUGAUGUUGAGGCUCCUGUGGGCCUCUCUGAGAUGGGACGACAUGGCUGUCAAACCAUCCGCUGCUGUAGGCACCACACGUACAGCCCUAUCCCCACUCAUUGCUACAGAGACCUCAGAUACUGAAAUCACCACCACCGAGAUCAUCAAGCGCCGUGACGUGGGACCCUAUGGCAUUCGCUCAGAGUACUGCAUCCGCAAAAUCAUCUGCCCCCUUGGAGUGCCUGAGACUCCGAAAGAAACCCACACCCCUCAGAGGAAGGGGCUGCGCUCCAGCGCCUUGCGCCCAAAAAAGCCUGAGCCUGCCAAGCAGACAGGCCCAGUGGUGAUCGAGACCUGGGUGGCUGAGGAGGAGCUGGACCUCUGGGAGAUCAGAGCCUUCUCAGAAAGGGUGGAGAAAGAGAAAGCUCAGGCAGCAGAGCAGGCCAAGAAACGUCUGGAGCAGAAACCGGGCUCAGUCACAGCUACCCCAACAGGGACUCCCUCAACACCUGUUGCCACGCCCAAAGUCAUUGUCAGCUCACUGUCAGGACAGGGCACCCCCAGCACCAAGGUGGUACUGUCCAGCAAGAUGGGCACCCCCGUCACAUUCCAGCAGAACAAAAACUUCCAGCAGUCGUUCGCCACCUGGGUCAAGCAGGGUCAAAGCACGCAAGGAGCGGGCGCGGAGACCACCGUGGCCACUUCUGGUGGGCACACCUUCCAGAUUACGGGAACCUCAGUAGGUGGAAAGGUAGUGACCACCAAGCUGCCGCUGCCCGCCAACAGCAAGAUCGUCACAGUCAAUGUGCCAACUUCACAAGGAGGUGUGGUUCAGCAGAAAGUGUUGGGGAUCAUCCCCUCCAGCACAGCAGGCGGUGCCCAGACCUACACCACAUUCCAGCCCCGCACCACCACACUCAACAUCAGGCACAAUACCCCGGGCUCCCAGCAACAGGUUCUGGCAGCUGGUGGUCAGAUCCGUCCAGGAAUGACAGUGAUCCGAACACCAAUCCAGCAGACAGGACCAAUGGGAAAGACGAUACUCCGCACACCCCUCAUGGUCCAGCAAGGUCAGGGUGGACAGCAAGUAGUGACGCAGAUCAUUCGUGGCCAGGCAGUUUCCACGGCAAUAUCUGGUGCCAGCCCUGUCGCCACGGUCACUGGCCAGGGGGCGGCCAGCCCUACCACAGCAGGCCAAACACCGCCAGGCACCCCACGGGCGCAGGGGCAAGGCCAGGUUAAACUCACCCUGGCACAGCUCACCCAGCUAACACAGAAGCAGCAGGCUGGGUCAGGUGUGGAUCGGCAGGCUGGUGUCGGUGGUACCCAGCAGGCUCUGACGGUGAUGGUUCAGGGCCAGGGCCAGACCACCGGUCAGCUGCAGGUCAUACCUCACGGGGUCACUGUCAUCCCAGGUCCCGGUCAGCAGCUCAUGCAGGCAGCGCUGCCCAACGGCCAGGUGCAGCGCUUCCUCUUCACCCCCCUGGCCUCCGCUGCCACACCCACAUCAAGCACAACCACCACAGUUCCCACUUCCACCAAAACCCCAGCACAGCCCGCCCAGAAGGCUGCCGCCCCCAUCCAGGCAGGGGCGACCCCCUUGGCCACCACCAGCACCCCUUCGUUGGCCACCCCACAGGGCCAGUUACCCCCUCAGACGCAGGCCCACAUGCCCAUCCAGUCUCCCACCUCGCUGCAGGUGAAGACGCAGGGAGGAACCGUACAACUGCAGCAGACACCCCAGCUCAUCAGCAUGUCUGGACUGCAGCAGCAGGUACAGGUGUUGGCACAGCUGCAGGCCCAGCAGGGUGGAGGCUCUCUGCCACAGCACAUCAAACUGCAGCUUCCUAUCCAGAUACAACAAACCGGGACCACCUCAGCUCAGGGAGGACAGAUUGGGAACGUAGUGACCAUCCAGGCAGCUUCUGUCCAGGAGCAGCUGCAGAGAAUCCAGCAGCUCAGAGAGCAGCAACAGCAGAAGAAGAGACAAGCCGCAGAGGCCAAGAGAGAGCAAGCCCUCAACUCAGCCAGCCAGAGCGACAUCAUUCAGAAACAGGUGGUGAUGAAACAAAACGCGGUGAUCGAGCACCUGAAGCAGAAGAAGACCAUGACGCCUGCAGAGAGAGAAGAAAAUCAGAGGAUGAUCGUAUGCAACCAGGUGAUGAAGUUCAUCCUUGACCGGAUAGACAAAGAUGAGAGGCAGGCAGCCAAGAGGAGGAAGAAAGAGGAGGUGGUGGAGGCAAAGAGGAGGUUGGCCAACGCCAGCAAGCUCUCCUCGCUCCUUUACAGACACAAAGAGAGCCUCAAGAUGGAGAUCCUGAAGAAGCGGGCGCUUCUCGACAAGGAGCUGCAGCUAGAGGCCCAGGAGGAGCUAAAGAGGGACCUGUUGCGGAUGCGGAGAGAGAAGGAGAGGGCUCAGGCUGCAGCCCAGCAGGCGGCCCAGGCCGCCGCCGCGGCCGCCGCCCACAACCAACAGCAGCAUACUCUGGCACACACACAUGGCAUCACCUCUCAACACCACCUCACCACAGGCAUCACCUCCACACACAAGAGGAAACGGGAGGAGGAGAGGGAUACUACGACAUCAGCCAAGUCCAAGAAGAAGAAGAUGAUAUCGACAACGAGCACCAAGGAGAGCAAAAAGGACACCAAGCUCUACUGCGUCUGCAAGACACCCUACGACGAGACCAAGUUCUACAUUGGCUGCGACCUGUGUACCAACUGGUAUCACGGAGACUGUGUGGGCAUCACAGAGAAGGAGGCCAAGAAGAUGGACGACUACAUCUGUGUGGAGUGUAAACGGGGCCAGGAGGGCAGCACAGAGGAGCUGUUCUGCAUCUGUCAGACGCCAUACGACGAGUCCCAGUUCUACAUCGGCUGUGACCGGUGUCAGAACUGGUACCACGGUCGCUGUGUGGGCAUCCUGCAGAGCGAGGCCAACCACAUCGACGAAUACGUGUGCCCACAAUGUCAGUCGACAGAGGACGCCAUGACGGUCUUCACGCCGCUUACGGACAAAGAUUAUGAGGGCCUGCGGAGAAUCCUGCGUUCCUUACAGGCACAUAAAAUGGCAUGGCCGUUCCUGGAACCAGUGGACCCAAACGACGCCCCGGACUACUACAGGGUUAUCAAGGAACCAAUGGACCUUUCCACUAUGGAGGAGAGGAUACAGAAGCGCGAAUACAUCAAGUUGACAGAGUUUGUGGCGGACAUGACCAAAAUCUUCGACAACUGCCGCUACUACAACCCCAGUGACUCGCCCUUCUACCAGUGUGCUGAGGUUCUGGAGACCUUCUUUGUCCAGAAACUCAAAGGGUUCAAAGCCAGCAGGUCUCAUAACAACAAACUACAAUCAGCUGCAUCUUAGCUCCCUCCUAAAAUCCAAGUGUCAAAAAGACAAGCCUUGUGGUUCCCUCUGAAUGAUUAAGCCCCGUGGUCCAAGUCAGGCUGCAUCUGAACCGGAGCCCUCUCUGCAGGAGAGCACGCUCCCAGCUGAAAAUCAGCUCGCACUGGUGACAAAAGCGCCCAACCUCCGACACCUCCAUUGCAGUGCUAAGUGGAGAGAUGAGCCCCUUUUCUUUUAAAGUGUCACUGGGACGUAAUGGCAAAGAAGUCCCACCUUCAGACCAGGGCCAGGAUGGCUAUGCACUCUGUCUGGCAGCCUGCUUCAUCCCAACCAGCCAUUCCUGCCAGCGCAUCCCACCCAUGAGAAGAAAGAUCUAGAUGGGGAAACGCAGAAAAAGUUGAUAAGUUGGCUGGUUGGAUGUUAAGUGGCAGUCUGUCACGUCAGCAGCAGACUCUUAAAACAGUUGUGUUCGUACUGUAGCUGAUCACUAUUUUUGUGUAUCCUCUAUAGCAAAGUGUCAGCUUUGAUCUUUCCACCCAGGGGUGCGUUUUAAUAUUUGUUGAAACAUCCCAAUAAAGCCUAGUCCCUGCCUUACAUGGAAAUGUCCACAAGGUCAAAGUGAAAAUGCUUCACAUGUGGCAAAAGGCAUCACAACCAUGUACAGUACCUUGGAGUUCAUUCUCCUCAUAUUUAACGACUGUAUGCCCCAAACCAGCAAUUUAUUGUUCCCCCACCAGUAAAAAAAUAACCCUAUUGAAGCCGAUCAGUUUCAGAUCCACUUUGUGCAGCCAAUCUCACCUUCCAUGUUUCACACCUAACUCCACUGCACCCUGUUAUUUUGACUAAACCCUCAGUUGUGUAGCCCUGCACAAAGCUUGAAGCAGCCUCGAUGGCACAUUCACAUUCAGUAGUACAUUUCACUGUACAUUCCCUGUCACUGUAGCCUGAUGCUGAGAUGCUCCAUUUGCAAUCGAAAAUAGAUUUCUGAAAACUAGUCAGAAGGUGAGUUUUUCUGUUGGAUUUAAAUCACCACAUAUAGGCCUAGACAGCGCUCUCUCUCAAGUAAUUCAAGGGGUAUUUAUUUUUCAUCUGAGGGCUGUCGUGUUAAUUUCCAGCAGGAAAUACCCAGAACCGGCCAUCCCACCACACCCUGCUCCUCUUUUGACCUUUUACCAUGUUGUGUUCUUCUAAAAUGCAAGUUAAUAAUGUUAACUAGCUCUGUUCUCCUUUAAACUUGACCAUUUGGAAGGAGGUCAAGUAGUGAGGAAGCGCAACUGUUAGGCCUUCAGGGAAGGUGAAACUUGUACAAGGCUUAACUAACCCACGUGUACUGUACCUCCCUCCAUACACACACACACACUGUCUCGUCAAAAGCUCUGUUUCUGUCAGUGGCUGAGUCUGUAAGGCUCUCCCCCCUUAUCUAUCAGCCACUUCUUCCAACAUAUUUCAUUGAGGUUGACAGGUUGGCUCACAUAUGUCUCUCAACUCGCCCUCAAAGCAUGGUUAAGUAAUUGGAUAAUGGACUUUUCCACUCAGCAUCAACUCAGUUAUGUUGCGGUCUGCUGCAGUAUGUCUGGGAAUAAACUUUGAGUGGGGACUCGGGAGUCUUUGUACCGUGGGGUUUGUAUGAAAAUUUUAUAGCUACAUUUUUAUCAUAUUUGGGAACAUUUUUGUAAUCUGUAAUUAUCAGUUUUGUAGGAGGGGGAGCAGUCAUAAUACAUGGUUGUCUUUAAGUUGUUAAUUAAUAAAUUAAAAAAACUAGGCAAAUGUUUUGGUUUCAAUCAGUUUUUUGUGUGUAUUUGCAGAGUUGAGAGAUAAUGUAGCUGCCUAUCUUCUUUACUGUGUUUGUGUGUCUUUCACACAAAUGUCCGUGACUUUGUAAUCUGAUGAUAAUGAUGUGUUUCAUCCACUGUUUGAAACCUCUAUUGUAUAUUAUGGCUGUCCAAAUAUGUAGAGAUAAAAGAUUUUUAGAGCAGUAGAAACUUUUAUUUUUCACUCUUUGAACCAGCAACUAAGCCCGCCUGUAUAUUUUAACUGUCUAUUUUUUUCUCUUUAAUUGAAGUGAACUCUACAUUUUAGAAGAAAUGGCUCUUUAUAUUAAAAGUGCUGCAUAUUGUGAGCAUAAGGGUUUUGAAUGGGUGAGAGUGACAUAGUUAACUCUUGUAAAGAGUUUUUUUUUGUAAGAAACCAACCAGUUCAACAUAACUUCUACAGUAUAUUGACAUUGCAUUUCUUGUAUUAUUUAUUCAUAUCAAUGAAAAGUUCUCCGUUUUUUUAGUAAUAUUGAGGAAACGUAACUGCAGAUAAAAAAAAGAACUAUGUUUUUAACUGAUUGUGGCAACUCUGAAGAGAUUCUCUUUUGUACUUGAUAGGACAUUUCAUCCUAGAUAAUAAAGUAAUGUUUUUGACACCA